AGGCCCUCCUCCCUUGGCCGCCGCCGAGGCCGCCGCAGCGCAGGCAGCGCCCGCUGCCGCCGCGGAGGCGGCGGCGGCGCCUGCCGUCGACGACCCGCUGGUGCCGCCGGCCUCCGCCGUGGACCCGAUGGUGGCGGGGCCCGACGAGGCGGUGCUGCCGCUGGAGGCGGACGGCGACGGGUGGGUGGAGCUCCUCCGGGACGCCUUCUUCCGCCAGCUGCAGGAGAACGAGUGCCCAGAGCCGCCCCCCUUCCACCGCGCCCUGCGGCUCGCGGUGGAGGCCCACGAGACGCUGACGCCAGGGAAGUUCCCGUACCAGGCCCUCAACAUCCAGCUGGAGAUGCUGAACAAGAUGCGCGGCGUGGGGGGCCACUUCGGCGGCUGCCCGGCCGUGCCUGUCAUACAGCCGCUCGCGCAGGGCGGCAACCUCGCCGUGGCCGCCGCGACGAUCACGGCGGCGGCCAGCCAACUGGGGGUGCCGGCUCACAGCGCGCAGGCGCUGACGGGCCUCCUGUCGCAGGUGACGGUGAGGGGCACCGUGGCCGGGGUGACCCCCCCGCUCCUCGAGGCGCUCCAGACGAUGGCGGGCGUGCAGCCCGGCAGCGUCCCGCCGCUGGGCGCCUUCGGCCCCAACCGGAAGGGCAAGGGCGGCGGCAAGGCGGGCGGCCGCUUCGGGGGCAGAGGGCCGCAGCGGACGAUCGUCAAGUGAGGGCCCGCCGGCGGCAGGCGCAGGGAGGCAGAGCGCUCCUCUGGCUGCAGACUGGUUUGUGCCCCCUCGUCUUGGCAUCGUGGUUGAAUGCUACUGAGUCGCUUUGUUUUGCACAAUUGUGUUCUAGAGCUCGGACCUCCGUAUUUUCGUCGUCCGUCUUGUCGUUCGCAGCUCUUUGGUGCAAAGCACGGGUACGCGUACCAUUUAUUUGCGUCGGUCUCUACGCGGCAUUCCUCUUGGUCGGAAGUUGAGUUGAACAUUAUGCGACAAAAG